AUGUGGCUGGUGGUGUUCCUGGUGUGGGUGCUCCUGUGGGUGGGGGGCUCCUACUGGUACCUGUUUGGGAAGAAGAGCCCCUUCUCCCUGGAGUCGGUGAGGCCGCCUGCGCCCAGAGAGUUUGACCAAAGGAAAAGGGAUAAAGUCAUCAAACAAGGUUUCAGCAUGGACCGGGUGCCUCGGGACCUGGAUGUGAUAGUCAUCGGCAGUGGGAUCGGUGGUCUCACGGCUGGAGCCACUCUGGCCAAAGCCGGGAAGAGGGUCCUGGUCCUGGAGCAGCACGACCAGGCGGGGGGCUGCUGCCACACCUACAUUGAGAAGGGCUUUGAGUUUGAUGUUGGUCUGCACUACAUCGGCCAGCUCCACGAGAACAGCCUCCUGCGUAUCGCCUUUGACCAGAUCUCCGAGGGGCAGCUGGAGUUUCAGGAGCUAAACCAACAUUUCGACACCAUCCAAAUCGGAGAAGGCACAGACCUGCGAGAGUACACCAUCUUCUCCGGCAAAACCACCAUGAAGUCCCAUCUCAUCAAGCAGUUUCCUGACGACAAAGAAGCCAUCGAAACGUUCUUCAACAUAAUGAAAAUUUGUGCCAAAAAGACCCACUAUCUGGCAACUCUAAAGCUCAUUCCUCAGUGGGUGUCUUUGCUCUUGUUGAAAUCGGGUCUGGCGGAUUUGGUUUCUCCAGUUUUUAAACUUUCUGGGACGUGUGCGACAGAGUUGGUGAACACUCUGACCAGCAACAGGGACCUUCACGUUAUCUUCUCUUAUCUCUUCUAUGGUGUUCCGCCAAAAGACUCCAGUGUCUUGAUAAACGCGCUCCUCGUCCACCACUACAAGCGAGGGGCGUAUUACAUCAAAGGUGGCGCCAGUGAAAUCUCCUUCCACAUCAUCAGAACCAUCCAGAAAUAUGGAGGGAACUGUCUGGUCCGCGCUCCGGUCACACAGAUCCUGGUCAACGAGGAAAACACAGCUUAUGGUGUGAAAGUGAGAAAAGGCCAAGAGGAGUUUGAAAUCCGGGCUCCUGUUAUUGUCUCAAACUGUGGAAUCUUCACCACUUUCCAAAAACUGCUGCCUCGAGAAAUCUCAGUCCAGCCACAGAUGCAGGAGAGGCUGAACAUGAUGAAACCAGGCCGCGGGUCAUUCCUGGUCUUCUCUGGGUUCGAGGGGACUCAGGAGGAACUGGGUUUGGUCUCCACAAACUUCUGGCUCUUCAAAAACAACGACAUGGACAAAUCAAUGGAGGACUUCUUUGCACUGAGCAAAGAAGAAGCUCCGGACAACAUCCCCAUGAUGUUUAUAACCAUGCCAUCAGCAAAAGACCCAGAAUCUAAAAUAAGACACCCAGGGAAAUCCUGCAUGACGAUCCUGACCAUGGUGAAGUAUGAAUGGUUUGAGGAAUGGAAAGACACAGCUGUGCGCAAAAGAGGAGACGAGUACUACAACUACAAAAUGAGAUUCGCCAAAAACCUCUUUGACUGGGCCUGUAAAUUAUUCCCCAAAAUCAAAGACAAGUUGGUGUUCCAGGACGUAGCCACUCCCCUCACAAACUGCCACUACCUGGGAGCGCAGAGAGGAGCCAUGUACUCGGCCGAACACAACCUGGACCGAUUCCACGCCGAAGCAGUGGCCCGCAACAGAUGCCACACGCCUGUCAAAAACCUCUUCAUCUCAGGUCAGGAUGUGUUCAGCUGUGGCAUCGCUGGAGCUCUUCACGGAGGCCUGCUCUGCUCCUCUGCCGUCCUGGAUCACAUCGUGUACAUUGACUUACUCUUCCUCAAGAAAAAACUCAAGAGGAGAAAGGCCAGAGAGUUAGCCCAACUGGAGAAAAAGAAAAUCCAGUGA